AAGGUGGAUUGUCUCAGGGUUGCCAGCAUCGGUCUCCGCCUCGCAGAGCAUGUUCUGGCUGUUCCAGUCUCUCCCACUUGUCUUCUGCCUUGGCACAGGGAAUGCAGUCUCACAAACCUCACUAGUGGUGAAUGGAGUUCUGGGGGAGUCAAUAACUCUUCCUGUGAAGCUUCCCAACAGGGAGAAAGUGGAGGCCGUCAUCUGGCAUUACAAUGAAAUAGCUAUUGCCAUCAUACAGCUAAAUAACGAGUUAGAAAGCCCACAAGUCAUGGUGCUUGAUGGAAAAAGGAAAAACCGGCUGAACGUCACCCAGACAUACUCCUUGCAUCUCAGCAACCUGAAGAUGGCAGACGCAGGAUCUUACAGGGUCCAGAUAAGCAUGGAGACCCCUCUACUGCUUUCCAGUUACACUCUGAGGAUCUUCAGACGACUGAAAAACUUGCAAGUUACCAACCACAUUCGACUACCUGAGAAUGGGACCUGUGAGAUCCACCUGACCUGCUCUGUGGAGAAUCCAAAUGAUACUGUCUCAUUCAGGUGGCAGGACUUAGGAAACAUCUCUUCAAGUGGACCAAACCUCACUAUCUCUUGGGACUCAAAGAAUUCCAGCAAACAAAACUACAGUUGCAUAGCAGAGAACCCUGUCAGCAGUGUAUCUUUCUCUGUCUCUGCCCAGAGUCUCUGUAAAGGUGUUUUAACUACGGAAAAUCUACAUUGGACUAGCACAUGGACUUUAAUCACAGUUUCUUUGAUAGCUGUAGUCAUCACUGUGUUGUGCAUACUUGUUUGGAGAAAAAGAAGAGGUUCCCUUCAUUUUCCUACGGCACAAACCCAGCAUCCUGUUCAGUCUUCACAGAGCACAGAGUACACCUUCGACUCUCCAGGGAACACUGUGUAUGCACAGGUCAAUCAUCCAAAGCGGGAAACGGAAAUCCCAACACCUAUGAAUAAUGAGGAUUCAUUCACAGUUUACUCCACAGUUAAUCAUUCCAGGGAGAGUAAACUCAUUUUUCCCAGGGCAACCAUCCUCAAUGAUGUCAAGUAAGAUACUGAAAGUCCUCAAAGAAAUUCAAGAAUGACACAGCUCAUGAUCCCAUGGGAGAGAACAAAAAGUGAAAACUUGGUUGUCCACCUAGCAACAGGACCUGAGUAUCUAGGAUUAUUGCUCCUGGUCCUGCUUACUAAGUCAAAUAACUAAGGAGUAACAACAUCUCUGGAGUAUAGUCUAAAUAAUGUUUUCCAGUCAACUCCUGGACAAAACCUGCUUCAGAUAACACACCUGCAUACUAACUUUCUGUUUGAUAACUUAACAAAUAGAGUUAUGAUUAACAGAUUAUAAUUCAGCAGGUAACUAUUUCUCUCCUUUUAGAUAACAUUGAGAGUGAUUGUUGGAGAGAGAAUGUGGUGUUUUGGUUACAUGUAUGGUGUCUGGAGUUGGAAAGGUCCAUGGUCAUAUCCUAAUACAUCAUUUACUAGACAUACUUUCUAGAAUAUGUUUCUAAUUUCUUAGAACUUUAGUCUCAUAGACUUAAAAAAAAAAGAGGAAGAUUAUAAGACAUUGGCUCUGUUGGUCAAAUCAGGAAUCUAAGUCUUCCCUGACUCUACCUCCAAAAUAUAUCUUGGACCCACCCACUUUUCUCCAACUCCUCAACCACUGUCCUGUAUCCAACCUUCGCCACCUCUACCUGGGAAUAUUUUAAUAACCUCUGACCAGAAAUCCUAAUUUUGCUCUUGUCCCCUCCAAUCCAUUCUUCACAAGACAAGUGGGAGUAAUGAUUUUAAUGUACAUCAGAUCCUUUCCUUGCUUGCUUACAACCCUUCAUUGCACUCAGAAUGAAAUCCAGUCCCCAUGGCCCUGGACAGUCUGGGCCCCUCCCCCAGACUCAGCUAGCAUCACUCUCCCACCUUUCUCUUUAUUUAGCCUCCCUGAUCUUUCAGCUCUUUUAUUGAAAGGUUCUCUAUGUUACCAUUAUUUACACCUGCCUCAAGGCCUUUCCUCUGCUGCUGGGUUCCUCCUGUUCUUUAGGUCUCAGCUUAAAUAUGUCGUCUUGUAUAGGAGACCUUCCCAGAACACUUAUUAUUCUAUUAAACCUUCCAUGUCAUUUACCUUCCAUGUCACAAAGUAUUUAUUUUUAUUUGUUUAGGUCUAUUUCUCCCAUUAAACCAUAAGCUCUUCAGGAGCAGAGAUGAUAGCUAUUUAAACUGUAAUCCUAAUA